AUGGGUCUGAAGUCUGCCCAGAAGCACUGGGUGCAAGUCAGGAACCACACCUGGAAUGGACGGCAGUCCACCACACUGGGACAUGUGGGAAUCACCAGACUUGUGGAUGAGGGAGCUGAAGAUGGCACCUCACAGACAAUUCCCGUCCAAUCUCACGGAGCACAAGAGGAUUUGCCAGGAAGGUACUAUUUUGAAGUAAUACUCCAAAAAAUGAAUUAUUACUAUGCAGACACUUUGAGAUUGCAACUCUUUCAAAAGAAAAGCUCCUUCACGCAACAGCAGACUGCAGAAGCUCAGAAUGAAGUGCAAGUCCUCAACACCGUCUACAGUUUUAUGAACGAAGUGCAGGAUCUCUGCUUAAAUAACUGGACCACACAAACCCCAAUACAAGAAGUCCAGCAGAUUGUUGUGGAGAGCCCCUGCGUCAGCUCGGGUGAUUGUACGACCGUGCAGUUCAGCCUUCUCUAUAACAACGAAGCAACAGAACUUAUUGCUGUUGGCGCUUCGAGCGAUGAGGUCGAGAUGGCUUUAAACGCUCUGCCCUCCUUCCAGAAUGACACUGUUAGCGUGACGAAGACGGACAGCACUAAUGGCCCCAUUUACACAGUGACAUUUAACUCGGACCGAGGAGAUUUUGAUGUUCUACAGUACGACACAGCUGGAAAUGACAUCAACAUUGAGAUUUCUGAAAUAACCAAAGGAAGACCCAAAUUUGACACGUUUACAUUGAUGUGGAAUGGCGUCUCCUCCAGUCCGCUCUCAGUUAAUGCCACCCCUGAUGAGGUGAGAAAAGGAAUUUACGACAUGGCUGGCACCAAGUGUCCAAGAAGCUUGAAUGGGUACAUCGAAGGAGGAUCUGUAAAGUACUUUCAAGAUUUUGAAACAUAUUAUUAUUGGUUUUGGUACUAUUCUCGCGUUUCUGACAGAGAAGCCUUCUGCGGCCAUUUCAGUGCUUUGAACAUCAACACCUUAUUUAAUUUGAAUCAAGUGAGAAGCACUUGGGAUCAAUAUGGCGAAAUCUCACUGAGUACUCACAAUAUGCUGUGCUUUGCAUACAAAGGAUUUCUAAACAACUCCAUCGGCCUGAGCUUCUCGGUCAUUAUGAAUCAGCAGAUGUACAGCUAUCAGAACCAGUUUGAAGUUGGAAUUGUUCAAGCAGACGAAUGGCAGUACAUUUGCAUUGAUAUGCUGCGACUUUUAAAGGCUUCUUACCCUGGGACUGAUUAUAAGGUUCAGCAAAUUACGCUCAGCCGGCUGAGUCCAAAUCAGGAUUAUUUAAUUGACACUGUCUACAUCGGCAGCGACUACACAGUAACCAAUAUGCAAGACCUAAACCUGAGGCGCUCAGCUCUCGCCGGGAGAGGAAUCUUUUUACAGGACCUUUCGGUAAUUCAGAAGCGAGGCAGAUGGACUUCAGAGACCUGUUACGAAGUCACCCUAAUGCCAAUGAACUGUGGAUAUGACUUCCCUUUGAUUGAAAUCAGAUUUGCCCAGAAUAUUUCUGGUGAUGGUGAGAAUGAAACUGUCUAUCAGGGGUCCAACUGGAACAAAUCGACUACAUUCAGGGUGACUAGAGUCCAGGCGGCGUCACCUCCGAUCAUGGGCUCCUUUAGUGUGAGCAUCUAUGGGCAAGAAAUCAAAAAUCUCCCGGUGAACAUUUCAGCUGCCGAUCUGAAGUACGCCCUGGUGGGCAUCCCAGGUAUGGGACAAGUGGAUGUGUCAAAAUGGGGAGAUUGCCGGGGUUAUAGCUGGAGAGUGGCUUGGCUGAGUGUUCCUGGCAAACAACCUACCCUUAAGAUUAACAGCUCCUCAGUCAUUGGGAAGAACGCCUAUCUGAACGCUUAUACUCAAAGAGAAGGAGGCUUAUUCAAACAGAACAUUUUAGGAGAUUUCUACCGUGUGCCUCAGCGAAAGCCUCAGGUUCAAGUUUAUAUCAAUAACAUCAUCUCUAUGUGUUCGGGUAACUGUUCUUAUCAAUGGGAUCCACUGAAGACUCCGGUUAUAUCUGGAAUAAGCCCCACACAAGGAUUUUCAGUAUCAGAUACCAUUCUGACAGUGACCGGCUCCAGGUUUACGAGUCAAGCAGCCAAUGCCAAGCCUUCUGUUUCUGUUGGCAGCCAUGCCUGUCUCAUUGUCACUUUAAGUGACACUCAGAUCACCUGCAGAAUUGGAAAUACAACCUCUGGCUCGGCUCCGGUCACAGUCUACGUGCCGGGUGUUGGCUUUGCUAAAAAUACAUUCAACUUCACCAUCCUACCUGGAGGAUCGUUCACAUUUGCACCUCCAUCCGGCAGCACAGCAGUAUCUCUAAGUUCUUCUAAUAAUGAAUUGAGGCUGACAGCAUUUGCUGUGGUGUGCACUCCUGGAAGUCACGUGAUUGACAUAAUCAGUGGCAACUAUGAGAAUCAGCGCAUGUUGAAUAUGCCAAUAUUUGAGAUUAUGGAUACUCAAAGAGAAACGACCUUUAUGUGCGCGGAUUAA